CAGCCAACCACCUGUAUACCAAAUUUUGAGCAUCUGCUGCUUUAUAAUAUUAUAAAAUAACCCCAUUUCACGUCGAAUUGGCUUUGCAAAUUUAAAUAGGUAUACUUGGAAAUAUAAUUCAUUCAACUUUCCAAGGUCUCCUUCUCCUCUUGACGAUGGCAACAACAUCUGUUCUCUCUGCAAUAACAAGAAGGCAAGCAUGUUCUCCAGAAAUCUGCAAUCUGAUGUCUGAUGGUGACCUAGGCCUCAAUGAAAUUUCAUUUUUCAUGAAAGUUCGUCUGAUCUUGACUUUCUCAGCUGUUACUGUGUUUCAGAUCCAAAGUAUCAUUUUUGGGAAAUAAUUUCUAUCCAAGAAAAAGUGAGUAAAGUGGUGUACAGUAUUGACACAAAUUCAGUGAUUUUUCCAAUAUUUAUCGAUUCAUUUAGGCAAGCAUGUUCUCCAGAAAUCUGCAAUCUGAUGUCUGAUGGUGACCUAGGCCUCAAUAAAAUUUCAUUUUUCAUGAAAGUUCGUUCUGAUCUUGACUUUCUCAGCUGACUAGAGGGGAAAGUGGCCAUGAUCACAGGAGGAGCCAGUGGCAUUGGUGAAUGCACAGCUAAACUCUUUGCCAAGCAUGGAGCCAAAGUUGUAAUUGCCGAUAUCCAAGAUCAACUUGGCCAUUCAGUAGUCGACGCCAUCGGCUCAUCAAACUCUUCUUAUGUCCAUUGCGACGUAACCGACGAAUCCCAAAUAAAAAACGCCAUUGACCAAACCGUUUCAACUCAUGGUAAACUAGACGUAAUGUUCAACAACGCCGGCAUAGCCGAUGAAAACAAACCACGCCUAAUCGACAAUGAAAAGGCAGAUUUUGAGCGUGUCCUUAGGGUAAAUGUUACAGGAGUUUUCCUUGGCAUCAAACAUGCAGCUCGUGUCAUGAUUCCAGCUCGUAGUGGCAGCAUCCUUUCAACUGCGAGCAUAAGCUCAAAAGUUGCGGCCGCUGCCUCGCAUGCAUAUUGUGCUUCAAAACAUGCCGUGUUGGGGCUAACGAGAAAUGCUGCCGUUGAGCUUGGACAGUUCGGCAUUAGAGUGAAUUGCUUGUCGCCCUAUGCUCUUGCAACGCCUUUGGCCACAAAAUUUGUGGGGCUUAGCGAUGAGGAGCUUGAGAAUCUAAUGCAUUCGCUUGGUGUCCUGAAGGGUGUGAAACUUAAAGCAGAAGAUGUCGCAAAUGCAGCUGUUUAUCUAUCAAGUGAUGAGGCCAAGUAUGUGAGUGGACAAAAUCUUUUUAUAGACGGGGCUUUUACUACUGUCAAUCCCACACUUGGGAUGUUUCAGUAUCCAGAUUCUUGAUUGUAUUUAUCAUUAAGAAUUUUGCCUUUCUUUCAAAGUUGGUGUAGAAUAAAUUCAUGUUUUGUAUCCUAAGGUCGCACAUUAAUCCUGUUCAGAUACGUUCGCAAGCGUGAUAAUUUUCUUUUCAACAUAGCUGCAUCUUCUUGUGAAAAGACGGUUGAGUCUGC